AUGCCAUCGAUCUACGAUACCGCGCGUUCCGAAGUUCCCGACCACGUGGAUCGUAUCAUUCGUUCAUUCUUCGAAGAUCUUCUAGAAACAGAUACUACUAGGCUCAGCGAUGAGACCAAAGCUAUACUGUACGAUUCUGAAGAUACCAUGGUGCCAGAUCUCGACGAGGCCAUCACAAAGACACUGAAAACCGAGAUUUCGAAAUGGGAACAACGGGGAAAGCCCGUGCGCGAUAUGUCUGAGUUGCAGUUUUCGUCUAUCAGCAUUACUGCCGUCGCCGUGGACGAUGUGUUGAUGGUUGGAUCUAUAGAGGGGAAGGGCUGGUCGGGAAACGGUGAAACCUUCAACGUCCCUCUCGAAUAUACUAGAGCUCGGGACAGAAGGGAAGCCAAAGACAGGAAGGAGGUGGAAAACAACGUCUUCCACUUCGCCAACUGA